AUUGCGGGGGCGGGGGCCGGCGGCGGCGCAGGGGCGGGGCUUUGCGGACGCACGCACGUCGAAGCGCUGCUCCCGGAGCCGCGGAGGCUGCGGGUUUGGCUGCGGCGGUUGCUGUGGCGGAGGUUGGAGGUUGGAGAGAAAUCCAGGUACUCACUUGACUGGUACCUUCUGCCACCAUGGGGGAGCUUUUCCGGAGUGAAGAAAUGACACUGGCCCAGCUUUUUCUACAGUCAGAAGCUGCUUAUUGUUGUGUCAGUGAAUUAGGAGAACUUGGAAAGGUUCAGUUUCGUGACUUAAAUCCAGAUGUGAAUGUUUUCCAACGGAAAUUUGUGAAUGAAGUUAGAAGAUGUGAAGAAAUGGAUCGAAAGCUUCGAUUCGUUGAGAAAGAGAUAAGAAAAGCUAACAUUCCAAUUAUGGACACCGGUGAAAACCCAGAGGUUCCCUUCCCCCGGGACAUGAUUGACUUGGAGGCCAAUUUUGAGAAGAUUGAAAAUGAACUGAAGGAAAUCAACACAAACCAGGAAGCUCUGAAGAGAAACUUCCUGGAACUGACUGAAUUAAAAUUUAUACUUCGCAAAACUCAGCAAUUUUUUGAUGAGGCUGAAUUGCAUCAUCAGCAGAUGGCGGAUCCAGACUUGUUGGAAGAGUCCUCAUCCCUCUUGGAGCCAAGUGAGAUGGGAAGAGGCACGCCUUUAAGACUUGGCUUCGUGGCUGGUGUCAUUAACCGGGAGCGCAUCCCUACUUUUGAGCGCAUGCUUUGGCGGGUAUGCCGGGGAAAUGUGUUCCUGCGACAGGCUGAAAUCGAGAACCCGCUGGAGGAUCCUGUGACUGGUGACUACGUGCACAAGUCUGUGUUUAUCAUUUUCUUCCAAGGCGAUCAGCUGAAAAACAGAGUCAAGAAAAUCUGUGAAGGGUUCCGAGCCUCACUCUAUCCCUGUCCUGAGACACCACAGGAGAGGAAGGAAAUGGCUUCUGGAGUGAAUACCAGGAUUGAUGAUCUCCAAAUGGUUCUGAAUCAAACGGAGGAUCACCGCCAGAGGGUUCUGCAGGCAGCUGCUAAGAACAUCCGUGUCUGGUUCAUCAAAGUGCGGAAGAUGAAGGCCAUCUAUCACACCCUGAACCUGUGCAACAUAGAUGUGACUCAGAAAUGCUUGAUUGCAGAGGUCUGGUGCCCUGUCACCGACCUUGACUCCAUCCAGUUUGCACUCAGAAGGGGCACGGAACACAGUGGUUCCACUGUACCUUCCAUUUUGAACAGGAUGCAGACAAACCAGACUCCCCCAACCUAUAACAAAACCAACAAGUUUACCUAUGGCUUUCAGAACAUAGUAGAUGCUUAUGGAAUUGGAACUUACCGAGAGAUAAAUCCAGCUCCAUAUACUAUUAUCACGUUCCCUUUUCUAUUUGCUGUGAUGUUUGGAGACUUUGGUCAUGGCAUUUUAAUGACCCUUUUUGCUGUGUGGAUGGUACUGAGGGAGAGCCGGAUCCUUUCCCAGAAGAAUGAGAAUGAGAUGUUUAGCACUGUGUUCAGUGGUCGAUACAUUAUUUUAUUGAUGGGUGUGUUCUCCAUGUACACUGGCCUCAUCUACAAUGAUUGCUUUUCCAAGUCUCUUAAUAUCUUUGGGUCAUCCUGGAGUGUACGGCCGAUGUUUACUUUUAAUUGGACUGAAGAGACGCUUCGGGGGAACCCUGUUCUACAGCUGAACCCAGCCCUCCCUGGAGUGUUCGGUGGACCAUACCCUUUUGGCAUUGAUCCAAUUUGGAACAUUGCUACCAAUAAACUGACCUUCUUGAACUCCUUUAAGAUGAAGAUGUCUGUUAUCCUUGGUAUCAUCCAUAUGCUGUUUGGAGUCAGCCUGAGUCUGUUCAACCAUAUCUAUUUCAAGAAGCCCCUGAAUAUCUACUUUGGAUUUAUUCCUGAAAUAAUCUUCAUGACCUCUUUGUUUGGCUAUUUGGUUAUCCUUAUUUUUUACAAGUGGACGGCCUAUGAUGCUCAUACAUCUGAGAAUGCACCAAGCCUUCUGAUCCAUUUCAUAAACAUGUUCCUCUUUUCCUACCCAGAGUCUGGUUAUUCAAUGUUGUAUUCUGGACAGAAAGGAAUUCAGUGUUUCCUGGUAGUGGUUGCACUACUGUGUGUACCUUGGAUGCUGCUGUUUAAACCACUGGUCCUUCGCCGUCAGUAUUUGAGGAGAAAGCAUUUAGAAGGGCAACCUGUGGAGGCCCCAGUCAGCCCAAACCCGAGCCAACAGGGACUAGAGGCAGCAGCGGCUGCAACAGGAACUCUCAACUUUGGUGGGAUCAGGGUGGGCAACGGACCGACAGAGGAGGAUGCUGAGAUUAUUCAGCAUGACCAGCUCUCCACCCACUCAGAGGACGCAGACGAGCCUACCGAGGACGAAGUGUUUGACUUUGGGGACACCAUGGUCCACCAGGCCAUCCACACCAUCGAGUACUGCCUGGGCUGCAUCUCCAACACUGCCUCCUACUUGCGGCUCUGGGCCCUCAGCCUCGCUCAUGCGCAGCUGUCUGAGGUGCUUUGGACCAUGGUGAUCCACAUCGGCCUGAGCGUGAAGAGCUUGGCGGGAGGUUUGGUGCUGUUCUUCUUCUUCACUGCCUUUGCCACCCUGACCGUGGCCAUCCUCCUGAUCAUGGAGGGCCUCUCGGCCUUUCUCCACGCACUGCGCUUACACUGCUGUUCUGAAAUAACCCUUGCCACAUGGGAACACAGUCUAUUCAACAUGAAGAAUUCAAACCUAACACAAGUGGGGUUGAGUUCCAGAAUAAAUUCUACAGCGGGACCGGUUUCAAGUUCUUACCCUUCUCCUUCGAGCAUAUUCGGGAAGGGAAGUUUGAAGAGUGAGUCCCUGUGAGGGCCGUGUGCCCCAUGCUGCCCUCCCGCCUCCCCCCACAGUGAUCAGCUGUGCUUCUCUGCCCAUUGGUUGUGAUCUGUGGGCACCAGUUCAUUCGUGUUACCUCGUCUGUGAGUCAUUUAGACAGAAUAGUCCUCCCUGGGUCUCCCACCGCCCCUAGCUUUGUGUGUAGUGUAGUGAUUUUCUGGCUGUCACUCAUACCCACUGGGCACCAGCCUUGCCCUCUUAGCCUCCAUCCAUCCAGACAGCCCUUCCCACCUCCUGGUGGUGAGCCAGUCUGCAUUCCCACGCCAUCCCAAAGCCCUUUCAUCUUCCCCGUGCAUUGUAGAUGGACGGAGCACCCAUGCCAUUCACAUCUAGACUUUGAGUUCCCUGCAUCUGCCACCGUAGUUUCUAGCAGGAGUAGUGGGGGGAGCAAUACAGGUUCUCCCCUAGAAGGGGACACUGGUAACGCGUCCCACUCUUGGAUUAGCAGGGGUGGGUCCAGAAAGAUGAUAUUUGCGUCUUUUGCCCACCCCCCUCUCGUGCUUGUUAAUCAGGCAUUCAGCUGGACCCAACUAGGCCAUCAUGAGUGGCUUCUCCCUGUCACUCCCAGGGGUCAUAGGAUAUCAACACCGCCUUUCUGACCCCACCUUGCACUCCCAUCCUCUCCUCUCUCCCCAUUCAUGCCCUGCACUACAUAGCACAGCCGGGAGUGCUUGGAACAGAGGUCUUGGCUGCUCCGCAGUGCACAGGGCUUCCCUUUCCCGGGGUGGCUUCUUCCUAGGCCUUGCAUGGGCCCUGCCCACAAGCACACCCUCGGGCCGAGGGUACAGACUGAUACUCUUCCCUGGUGGAGACCCUGAGAUCUUCCCCACCCCCAAUCAUGAUGUCUUCAAUGUGGGACUGGGGUCCUCUUGGUUCUGCCUGCAGCCUGCCUGGCUCUGCCCCCAGUGCCCCCUCCUCACCACACUGGCCCCAGGUCUCAGGAGGGGUGUCCUGGGCAGGGAAGGUGAGUGUCACUGAUGGUUUGCUGUUUGGAAGCCAUUGGCAGGGCUGCCGUGCAUGUGGCUUUGAGGGCUGCACAGUCCUGCCAAGGGGCUUCCUCCCCGUCACCCCGAACCUUGUAAUCAUGUGCUGGCGUGGCAGCCCUGGCUAAGUUAAUCCCCACUGCUUUCAGUGAUAGAAAUAAUUCCCUGAGUGGGCCAGGCUGGUGCCCUCUGCCCACCCUGGCUUUUCUGAAUGAGCUGCCUGGAGCCUUCAUCCCGUCUUCCAGGCUGGGCUGGCCUUGGGCAGGGCCACUGUGUGCUGGCCCUCUGUGACCUGACCCGACCUUGUGCAGCCCCCUUGCCCUGGUGUCCCGGGUUUUUGUGAUGAUUUUUGCUCUGUUUCCAGUGGGGUUUGAAGCAGAGUUCAGGGAACCCUGCCCAAGGCCCUCCUGUUCAGACAUUCCUAUGUUGAAUAAAGUAUGUUUGACUCCCCCA